GUGACUGGAUAGAUUUUUGCCAUAAUGGAGCUUGUAGGCUCUACCUUGACGGCUACAUAUGCCCAUCCAAGACCAACACCAUCCAAUUUUCUGCCAGCCAUCAGCACCAUGGCAUCAAGUUAUAAGAAUCGAUUCCCUCAUUAUUCCUUAACCCACAGCCUGAGCCUUCCUUGGAGACCUAGUACCUACUAUAAAGUUGCUGCUAUCACUCCGACUUUGGCACCUUUUCCCAAGAGUUCUCUGGGGCUGACACCAAGCAACAUGCUCCCCUUUGUGUCCAACCGAACAGCACUCUUUACUAGGUACUCUCCUGAUGACUGGUACAGAUCAAACCUGACAAACUACAAGGAAUCAGAAGCAUCACGGUAUAACGCUGAGAGGAUGAGAGUGGAUACUUCCCGGAUGAUCCAGGAUAAGGAUCAACAGACCAGGAAAACCCAAACGGAAACGACAAAAAAUGUAGGAGAGCGAGUCAAUGAUAUUGUAUUUUGGAAAACAGAGCUCAACCAUGAAAUAGAUGGAAUGAUUGGAGAGACAAAUGCUCUUACAGAGAUGAAGAAACGCCUAGAAAGAGCAUUGGUAGAAACUGAAGGGCCCCUUCAGGUAGCCCAGGAAUGCCUCCUUCACCGAGAGAAGAGAAUGGGCAUUGAUCUUGUUCAUGAUGAUGUGGAAAAACAACUGCUGACAGAGGUUGAUGUCAUCCAUUCAUGCCAAGAGAGAAUGAGAAGACACUUGGAUAAGGCAAUGGCUCAGCUUGCAUCUGAUAGGUCAGCCCAACAUGAGCUGGAGAAAGACUUGAGUGACAAGCAAUCAGCUCACCGAAUUGAUGACAAAUGUCACCAUCUCAGGAACACAUCUGAUGGCAUCAGCUAUUUUCGAGGUGUGGAGCGGCUUGAUGCUACGAUUUCAGUGCCAGAAUCCUGGGCCAAAUUUACUGAUGAUAACGUUCUGCGCUCCCAGAAUGAACGGGCUGCCUCUUCCAAGCUCAGGGAUGAUAUUGAAACUUUGCUUGUGGUGACUGCCAAUGAGAUGUGGAACCAAUUCAACAGAGCAAAUGUUGCCUUUACCAACCGCAUCUCUGAAACUGCUGAUGCCAAAAAUAAGAUUCAGGCCCAUCUGGCUAAGACUCUUCAGGAAAUCUUUGAUACAGAGAUGUCCAUAGAAGCAAUUCGGAAGGCUAUUCGGGAAAAAGGGCCUCCCUUGAAAGUUGCCCAGACUCGCCUGGAUGAGCGCACACGGAGACCUAAUGUAGAACUUUGCCGAGAUUCUGCCCAGUUACGCCUUGUUAAUGAGGUCUAUGAAAUAGAUGAUACAAUCCAAGGACUGCAACAGAGGCUGAGAGAUGCAGAAGAUAUCCUCCAGACACUAGUUCACACCAAAGCCAACCUGGAACAUGACCUUGCUGUCAAAGCCAACUCACUUUUCAUUGACCAGGAGAAGUGUAUGGGGAUGAGGAAGACUUUCCCUAACACACUGAGGCUGGUGGGAUACAUAUAGGUGGGUGCUAACUUCAGAGAAAUAAGGACCUGAUUUAGUAAUAAAGUGUGUCUAGGGGAGGUUUGCUUUGUUGCACUUUUAUGAAGUUUUUAUUUUUGAAGACAUGGUUAUAUUUUCAUAUAUUAAAGAAUUC